UGCGCGGGGCCGGGGCCAAUGCCCCGGCUGCUCCCGCCGCGCCCCCGCGCGUCCCCGCGCGCUAUGCCGCCCCCGGCGCUGCUCUGCGCCCUUUGCUUCGGCCUCUUGGCCACGGCCGCCCGCGCCGGCUACUCGGAGGACCGCUGCAGCUGGAGAGGCAGCGGCCUGACGCAGGAGCCCGGCAGCGUGGGACAGCUCGCCCUGGCCUGUGCGGAGGGCGGGAUCGAGUGGCUGUACCCGGCCGGGGCGCUGCGCCUCACCCUGGGCGGCUCCGACCCCGGCGUGCGGCCCGGCAUCGCCUGCCUGCGGCCGGCGCGGCCCUUCGCAGGCGCCCAAGUCUUCGCGGAGCGGGCGGGCGGCGUGCUGGAGCUGCUGCUGGCCGAGGGCCCAGGCCCGGCCGGGGGCCGAUGCGUGCGCUGGGGUUCCCGCGAGCGCCGGGCCCUCUUCCUGCAGGCCACCCCGCAUCCCGACAUCAGCCGUCGCGUGGCCUCCUUCCGUUUCGAACUGCGGGAGGACAGGCGUCCAGAGCUGCCUCCGCAGGCCCACGGCCUCAGUGCGGAUGGUGCCUGCAGACCCUGCAGUGAUGCCGAGCUCCUCUUGGCCGUGUGCACCAGCGACUUUGUGAUCCAUGGAACCAUCCACGGGGUUGCCCACGACACAGAGCUGCAGGAGUCUGUUAUCACCGUGGCCGCCGCCCGUGUCCUCCGCCAGACAUUGCCGCUUUUCCGGGUGGGGGGCCCUGGGGGCCAUGCGCAGGCCUCCAUUCGCACCCCACUGCACUGUGGCGUCCACCCUGGCCCUGGCACCUUCCUCUUCAUGGGCUGGAGCCGCUUCGCCUGGACCUCUCUCCUGGACUGCAGACCCUUGUAUCCCUGUUUCCCCCUCUCCCCACCAGGGAGUAUCUCAGUAAAGACCAGAGGAGGAGGAGGCUUCAUCAGGUCACUUCCGGGAACUCAAUCUUUCUUCGUGUGUGUGACAUUUUCUGGAGAAGCCACACCGCACGGGCCUCCGCUGCCAAGUCAACUGGAUCCACGGCACCGCCUCCCUCGCGCCUCCCCCCGCUGGGAUGUGCAGCCCCAGGGGUCCGCAGCGCCCAGGACAGGCCCGCAGCAACCCUCUGCGGCAUGGGCCAACGAGGCUGAGCGACGCGGGCUACAGGCAGGAUGUUGUGCGGCCAGAACCCGCGAGGGUAGCCCCGGACCCCAAGGCUCCGCGGUCCGGAACCCGCGGGAGGGUCCCUGGACCCGGACGGAGCGGAACGCGAUCCCGGCCGCUUCCGGUGUCUCGCCGCGGCCGCCUCUUCCGGCGCGGCGCCGCGGGUCUGCCAUGGAGCAGGACGACCCGGCCGAGGCGUUGGCGGAGCUGCGCGAGCGGCGGCUAGGCGCGUUGGAGCUGCUGCAGGUGGCGGCGGGCUCGGGCCUGGUCGCCUACGCCGUGUGGGCGCUGCUGCUGCAGCCGGGCUUCCGCCGCGUGCCGCUGCGGCUGCAGGUGCCUUAUGUUGGCGCGAGUGCCAGGCAGGUGGACCACGUGUUGUCGUUGCUGCGAGGCCGUCCAGGAAAGAUGGUGGAUCUGGGCUCUGGCGACGGCAGGAUUGUGCUGGCUGCCCACAAGUGCGGUCUCCGCCCAGCUGUGGGCUAUGAGCUAAACCCAUGGCUGGUGGGGCUGGCGUGGCUGCAUGCCUGGAGGGCAGGAUGUGCGGGCAAUGUCAGCUACCGCCGUGAGAACCUCUGGAAGGUGAGCCUGAGGGACUGCCGCAAUGUGUCUGUGUUCCUGGCUCCUAGCGUGCUCCCACUGCUGGAGGACAAGCUACAGGCAGAGUUGCCUGCAGGAGCCCGAGUGGUGUCUGGGCGCUUCCCCCUCCCCACCUGGCAACCUGUGGCUGUACUGGGUGAGGGCCUGGACCGCGUCUGGGCCUAUGAUGUCCACAGUGGUGGGCCAGCUGGGCAGGCUGUCCCAGGGCCUAGUUCUGCCUCCGUACCUGGAGCCCCCAAUUCUCAGGUUGGCUGACUGGACACAAUAAAGACUCAGUGGGUUCCA